UUCUGUUUAUAAAUAUAGAAACAAACAAAUAAACAAAAUCAAACAAAUAACAAUAUGGCUACAACAUUUUUGAAUCGUUUUCAACGGGAUAAAAGUGAAAAACAUCCUCUCUUAAAUAAAGAUCAACAGCCACAACCAAAGCGUACCACGGAUUUAGUAGCGGAUACCGGAAAUCAACAAGCCCAACAAAAUGAAGAGAAUCGCAAUGGCGAAGAAGAGAACAACACAAAUCCAAAACAAAGAAGGCGCAGAUCAUAUGUUUUUGCCACUCUCAAAGAUGUUAUAGCUUUGGCAAAUAAUGAAGAUGCUGCAGCCCCAGCAGCACCCACCAACAGUAGCGGCACUAGCAGCAGCUGUAGUAAUAAUAAAAAUAAAAAUAAUGAGGCAAAACAAAAUGAAGAAAAUGAUCUACAGAAAAAAGAAAUAAAGAAGGAUAAAACAGAAACAGGGGAGGAAACUAACAAACAAACGGAGCAAACGUCGCCGACGCAGCAGCCACAACAGAAUCAACAACCUAGACAACAGAGACGUUAUAUGCGUAGUGCUACGGCGGCUAGUGUAACACAGUUGUUGUCGGAUGGUUGUAAUAAUCUGUUGCAAAGAUUUCGUCGUAAUCCGAGCGAACGACCUGAACAAAAAUCUCAUAUACAGCCACAACAACAACAGCAACAACUACGCGAACGGGAACGUGAACGCGAAAAACAGCAACAACAGAAAUCAAUUCGGUAAAUGUUGCUUAAACAAAUCAAACGGAAAUUUAUAUUUGAACACAAUUUAAUAAUAAAAGAAAAACUCGGUCAAUUUAUAAAAAAAA